GCGUAGUCACAUGCAGUACCGCACCGCCGGUCGACUUUUUUGAUCAUUUGCCGUAGGCUUCUCCAAGCCUUCCCGGCCGGUGCAUCCUCUAGCUCACAUUCACCGAUGGCUUCAAAAGUCAACCUCCAUGACUGCUUCGACUCCUCCGGUCCGAAACAUCUGGUGUCGAAAGGCGGUGCAGGUUCUUCGAUUAACUGGGACAACGAGGAGCAUCGCAGGUGCAUCGCUGCCUGCCUCGUUAAAGCUACUUACGUCAUGGAGAAGGAUCGACCCAGGUGCAGGGUGUACAACAAGGGGCUCGCGCCGCCGUGGUGGGAGAGCUUCCAGUUCGACCUGCGGGAAGUGCUCAAGUGCGACUCCAACAAGAAUGACCAGUUCAUCUUUGGCGCCGUCUUCGAGUACCUGCCCCCGGCCGGCAUGCGCCGCCAGCCGUCGGCUCCACACUACGUUUUCGCUUUCCGAGGUACCAUGCCGCUGCACCCCAAAGCGCUUCAUGAUCUGUUCAACGACAUCAAGAUCCUGCUUAACGACGUGCCGUGCUGCAAGCGCUCCCAGAGCGCGCGCAACGCGGUCAAGAACAUGCUCCUCGCCAAGGGCGCGGACAGCUGCGUCGUCUGGCUCGCGGGGCACUCGCUCGGCGCGUCGCUGGCGCUAGACGUGGGGCGGACCAUGAUGGCCGAUCACGGGAUCAACCUGAAGACAUUCCUCUUCAAUCCACCGCAUGUGUCGCCGCUGCCGGCGUUGGACAUGCUGCACGCAGCAGAAGUUGCAAAGACAGAUCUGUUCACCGGGAGCUACAUGAUCAAGGCGGCACUUGGGGCGACGGUUAUGAGGUGUCACAAGAGGCGUAUGGAGGAGCUGUUCGACCGGCUGUCACCUUGGGCGCCGGAGCUGUACGUGCAUGAGAGGGACCCCAUCUGCAAGGGCUUCAUCGACUACUUCGAGCAGCGGCAGAAGGUGGAGGAGCGCUUCCGCGGCAUCGCCAAGGCGGCGAUGAAGCUAUCAUACCGCGACAUGCUCCUAUCCUUCCUCGGCAGCAAGAAGGAACGGCCACACCUCCUGCCUUCGGCGAGGCUGUGGAAGAACACGAGCACGAGCAGUGGCUUAUUCGGCUCGCACGACCUCAAGCAGUGGUGGAAAUCGGACAGCGAGCUGAUGUUAAGCUCCAGGCGGUACACCUAUCCUGGAGCAUAAAUUGCUGUCAUGGAUUUGCUUGGUAGUAAAACUGCAGUGCAUGCGUGUCCCUAGCCUCUAUAUAUCGUUUGAAGUUUACGUAUACUUUCAGGUUUGUUUAUAUUAUAUGGGAGUGUACUGAUCUAGGGGUCAGUUGACUGAUUGUCCACAAAUCAGUCGGCAUUAUAUGUAUUACUUAAGACGGUGUGUUAUGAGAGUUCAAAUAAAAUGCACUUGCACUUAA